GUCGUUGAGAACCACUUUCACCGUGGUUUCCACGUUGAAUAAGGACAAUCUCCCAAUCUCUCCGCUGGACUGAUUGAUCAUCACAAGAACGGUUUAUUCGAUCUCACUGAAUCAGCAAGGCAAUCCCAUCAUGGCUAACGAAGCAACACCAACCGCCAUUUUGUGGGACUGGGAUCAGUCAGAUCUCACAGCAGCCAUCGAGGACAUGCGACGACUGGUGGGCAACGUAUCACAUCUUGCCGCCACCAAAGACGUCACACUGCGCGGUGUCAGGGCGGCGAAGGAUUCUCAGGCCGCAUUACUUGCAAAAAGUCUCACUUCAAGCGAUAAAGCUACAAUCAAAUCGUGGAUCACUGAGUCCCGCCUGCCGACCGAACGAACUGAGGCACUCUUACAGGAACCAGAGGUUUCGCUCGCACAUAACACCGCCAUCCUGUUAUCGCGGCUCCCAGCUCUCAAGACGCUUGAGGUGCAGACCUAUGACCGGAACGACCACGACGAAUGGACACAAUCCCGCCCACCCGGGGAUGGUUUCUUGAAUCUUUUGAGCCAAUUAGUCGCUUCGAACUCUAUUGCAGGCUCUUCUUUCAGCAAUGUGGAAAUAAUCAAGGUUUUAGUUCCAACCCCUGACGGAGAUUCAGCAAACGAGUUCAACUUUUACGUCUACGCUGAGAAUAUUCUCCCCUUCUUUUACCUUCCGCAAGUUCGAACUCUUGAGCUUCAUCGAGUGGAAGAUGGAGGGCAAUCAAUCAUCUGGCCUGCUCCUCAUCCGAAGCCAUCUGCAGCUACACUGGAAGAGCUGGUUCUGAGCAGAUGCCAGCUCUCCGAGGAGAACGUUGGCCAACUCUUGCAAGCUUCCCCGAAUCUCAAGACAUUCCGUUGCGAAUACGUUAUUGACGCUGAGUACGCGUCUGACUGGGUAGACUUGGAGGCACUGAGGAGUUCGCUCGACACACUGAAAGCAUCACUCGAAGAGCUCUCCUUUGCUCUGACGCUAUGGACGUCCACGGCCAUCGAUUGCGGCGAAGUCGGGCCCUGGGGAAUCCGCGGCUCAUUCGCGUCACUCAAGGACUUCUCGCGACUAACUCGUCUCUCCAUCUCUCUACCGGUACUCCUCGGCUGGGAAACAAAAGGCUCGUCAAAGCUGGUGGAUGUACUCCCCGAGGGCCUCCAGGCUUUGACUAUCACCAACGAAAUGUUCUUCUGGUGGCAUUAUCGAUGGGACGACCUCGAUUGGGAGGAAGAUGACCCGGUGGUUCCCAUGUGGCAGUCACUUGAGGCCAAGAUUGUCGAGUAUCUGGACAGCCGGCCCCGACACUUGAAGGAACUGAAGUUGGAGAUUUCAAUGGUUGGCGAGGAGCAACGGGCAGAGGAGAUGAAGGCCAACUUGAUCGGCAAAGGAUCUGAAGCUGGAAUAACUGUCACCGUAGAGUUGAAGCCAUAGAUAGGCAAGG